AUGGUGGUGAAGCCUAGGCUUCACUACUUCAAUGGACGAGGUCGAAUGGAGUCCAUCCGGUGGCUCCUGGCUGCAGCUGGAGUUGAGUUUGAAGAGAAAUUUUUGGAAACUCUGGAAGACUAUGAAAAGUUAAGAAAUGAUGGGUAUCUGAUGUUCCAGCAAGUGCCAAUGGUUGAAAUUGACAGGAUGAAGCUGGCACAGAGCAGAGCCAUUCUCAACUACAUCGCUGCCAAAUACAACCUGUAUGGGAAAGACAUAAAGGAGAGAGCCCUGAUUGAUAUCUAUUCCAAAGGUAUGGCAGAUUUGAAUGAAAUGAUUAUGCUUUAUCUACCAUGUCCACCUGAUAAAAAUGUUGCCAAGCUGACCCAGAUAAAAGAGAAAACAACAAAUUAUUACUUCAUUGCCUUUGAAAAAGUGUUGAGGAGCCAUGGACAGUACCUGGUUGGCAACAAGCUGAGCAGGGCUGACAUCCACAUGAUUGACCUUAUGUACCAUGUUGAAGAGACUGACCCUAGCCUUCUGGCCAACUUCCCUCUGCUGAAGGCCCUGAGGACCAGAAUCAGCAACCUCCCGACUGUGAAGAAGUUUCUGCAGCCCGGCAGUCAGAGGAAGCCUCCUGCAGAUGCGAAAAAGUUAGAAGAAGCCAGGAAGAUUUUCAAGGUUUAA